ACUGCACAACCUUGCGCGAGCUAUCCUUGCACUAGCCUCUGACCCUUUAUUCUUCUGGCGAGAUUCUCACGCGCAGAUAUGAUCAAUGGUGCUUGCCGCACACUCCCACGGAUCAAUGGCAUUCUGGUCACUCGUGGUUGGGGCACUACCUUCGGACAUUCCUUCAGCAUUGGUGGCGCUUCUUUCGACCUGUCCCAGAAAGUAGACUCUGAAUCGUUCGCAUGGCUGGGCGUUGGCGCUCACUGGCUUACGAAGCAUACAACCGGACAUUUGGAUAAGUGGCGUUUGGCCAUCUCGCAGCCUUUGACGGCCAUAUUGUUUGAGCUGCGGCACUUAGGUUAGGUUUGUUGCCGGUCAAUUCGCUAACCGCGGAAAUUUUUGCACGUGGAUAGCGGCUUCCACACUUGUCACUUGUGUCCCUCCUAGAGUCGACGCUUCAGGCAUAGCCCAACCCACCUAGUCGCACCGCACGAGACCUCGAGCAUCAGACGAAGCUGGACAGAUAUGCUCUUGUUGGCGUGGUGUCUACGGGUAUGAUCAACUGCUGUUGCAUCACUGCAAGUACCGUCACGUAGCCACUCACGGAGUCUGCAGUAGCUGUCAUGAAUAUACAGCCCUCAGCAUGGUGUGCUCACCCUAGCAUCCGGAAAGUUAUAUUUUGUCUUUUGGGGUCAUCGUGGUAUAUGCUGGAUCGGCCGCGCUCGCGAUGUACAUC